AGCGAAGGGUGAGUGAGGGCGCGCGCGCGAAACGGGACCUCCACCCUGCGGUAGGGGCGGGGGCGGGUGGGAGUCCGAGCUAGCCCCACCCCCACAGGCUGUACUGGGGGGUCCCUGUGUGCGGGGUUGCAGAGCUAGCGCUGGCCUCACGGCCUGUACUGUGGGGUGUAGGACUAGUCCCACCCCCAGAGGCUGUAUUGGAGGGGGUCCCUGUGCACGGGGGGGAGUGGUGUUGCAGGGCUCGCCCCACCCCCACAGCCUGUACUGGGGAGUCCGUGUGGAGGGGGGUUUGCAGGAUUAGCCAUACCCCCAUAUAGUCUUACUGGGGCCGUCCCUGUGUGCAGGGGGGUGGUUGUAGGGCUAGCGCUAGCCCCUCCCCCAGGCUGUACUGGGGGUCCCUGUGUGGGUGGUGGGGUGGCGGACUUCCCCUGCCCCCCCAUGGGCUGUACUGAGGGGGUUCCCUGUAUUUGGUGGGGUGCAGGACUAGUGCCAGCCCUGCACAGGCUGUACAGGGGGGGUCCCUGUGUGUGAGUGCAGGACUAGCCCCACAGUCUGUACUGUGGGGUCCCUGUGUUGGGGGGUGCAGGCUAGCUUGUACUUGGGGGGGGGGGGGGAGUCCCUGUGUGUGGAGAUAGUGUAGGGCUAGCCACACCCCUACAGCUUGUACUGGAGAGUUCCUGUAUGUAUGGGGAGCAGUGCCCCACUCCUUACAGCUUGUAUCUGUCAUGACUGGUGACACAAAUUGUCUGAUGAAUUCUGAUGAGUAUCCUGUGAUGGAUAACAAGAACUUGGAAGCAGAGAUCCACCCUCUGAAGAAUGAGGAUGGGAAAGCUUCAGAUAACCAUGAGAACUGUGCAGAGAAAGAAGGUCUCUGCAGGAAGCCCACCCGCUUGUCUCAGCUCUCCCGAUGGCGCACUGCUGCCUUCUUCCUCUCAUUAUUCCUGUGCCUGAUUGUGGUGUUUGCCUUUUCGUUCAUCAUCCCGUGUCCAGUGAGGCCUGUUUCACAAAGGACGUGGAACAGGAAAUAUGACCGUGCGGUGACCUACAAGUUUCUGGCUGUAGAAGAUGUGAACGAAGACAAAGUACAAGAUGUUAUCUUCGUUUUCAAAGAUACCAAUGGCAGCAGCAGUUUUAACAGAUCCUGCUCAGAUGAAGGCCUUUCCGCUCCAUGUGCCUUUGUUGCUGCUGUCUCGGGCACCAACGGCAGCACGCUCUGGGAGAGGCCUGUCACCGAAGACCUUCUGUGGAUGGAGUGCGCCAUUGAGCAGCUGGGUGGGGCUCAGUCCCCGGGCUGUCUUGUCAUUGGGAACCCAGAGUUACUAACUGCAAUCAACCCUCACACAGGGGAAGUUCGAUGGAGGCAGUUUAACAGUUUUGGAGCUAAUUAUACCGUGGUGACUCCCUUGUUAAAGAUACCAGAUGUGGAUGGGGACGGUGUUCAGGACGUGAUGAUCUUUACCACUGCAGGAGAUGAGACUAAAAGUUUCAUCUAUUCGGGGAAGAAGGGUGAGCAGAUUGGAACCAGUGGCAGACUGAGUCUGGGCGCAAGGCCUGGUUAUCUUAUGCAUGUGACUAAGACUGGCUCCUACUACGUUCUCUUCAAUACUGUAAAUUCUCUUUAUGGCUACUCCUUGAAGGAUCUCUACAGCAUGGCAACUGGGAUGGAAAGUAAACUCACCAGCCUGAAGCAAGAUUCUCAGUGGGAGAAGAAGAUCGAGAGCCCCACACAUCGCAUACCUCUUCUCAGCUCUGGAGACAUUCAUUAUCUGGUGAAGGUUCCCAGGAAAUCAGGGGAGAAUAUCUUGGUUGUGAAGUCAGACAUGACUGAGCUUCUCGAUGGACAAACUCUUAACUCCCUUUGGACAGUCAACGCCUCCCACAUCUUGAGCGAGCCAGUGUUUGGUUACUACACACCCAACGUUCUCCACAUAGUCCUUGAAAGUGGAGUUGGACCCAACAGGAAGAAGAUCAUGAUUGUUGAGAGUGGCUCUGGAGCAGUCCACUGGGAGCUGGAGCUGAAUUCAAGAGCAGGGAGUCCAAGGCCAGCCACGCUCAAUACUGCAGAUCACCGGUCCACGUUCCUCUUCUGGGGAGAGUACCAGGCAGAGGCCAAUGAAAUGGGCUCCAAAGUAGCUCUCCAGAAUCUGUAUCUGUUACAUCCGUCCUACCCCAGUGUUCUCUUGGAGCUGAACAAUAGCCCAGACCGAAUAGUUGCCUUCGACGCGGUGCUGUUCGAGCGGAGCCGGCAUGCCUGCUACGUGUUGCUGACUGGGCCGCAGAGCAGCGAGGGGCCAGGCAGGGUGUCUGUCGCCAAGCGAAAGCUGAAAGAGGACAUCACUGGCAGUAGGGUGACCUGGCUGAGCCAGGUGGCAGGGGACAGUGAGCAGUACAUCAGGGACCGCUUCUUCAGGAUGCGAUUCAGCAGCCAAAUGUGAGCUCCCUGGGAGACCCCAGAGAGCCAUCUCAGCACUCUCCUCCAGCAAUGGACUCAUUAAACCCAGAUCCCGAACUCGUGUGGGAAGCUGCCAUUCUUGCUCCACAAGCCAAAGGCUGCCUGCUGAGAAAACAGCCACAGCAAAUCCACCUGUCAGCCCACAGGGCUUGGGCAUCCCAAAUCCUGCACAGGUGGCUGCCAGCGCAGCCAGCCUCUGAGCUGAUGAGGCUUCGGUCCCUGGCUGUCUCUGAAGUGCCAUCACUUCCAGGAGAUCUGCCUCUUUCCCUUUCUAAAUCACACAAUACCUGCUGCACUGCAGGGCGUACCUCAGCCGGGGCCACCUUUCCAACACACCACAAACUAGGACCUGGGGAUGGCAUGUCUGGGUGCCGGAGGGAGGCCUCAGCUGAUUACUCUCACCUGGGUAUUUGCAGUGAGGGAGGGUGUGUGCAUCUGGUUGAGAGCAAGAUGAGGAGGGAGGGAGUGUGUGUGCGCAUGCAUGUGCGUGCAGUACUGGAUUUUCUUUUCCUUUUGCCCAAUCAGACAGAUGGGCUCUCCUGAGUAGGAAUUUUUGCCUUUUCCAAAGAGUGGCGUGGACAUGGUGUGUUUGGUGUCUAAAUGGAAUACCCGGCUGCUCGCUAGGGAUAAUAUGGUGAGAUGGGUCCUGAGUGAGUCUAGUGGGGCAUGCAAUGGCUGGUGUAUUGGAUAUGGCAGAUAUUCUCCGGCCCAGGAGAGCCACAGACUAAAGUGCAGUUCUACUCUGAAAAGGUCUCUGUAUAAACUGCAGUUCCUCAUUUUCCAAGCCUUCUGCUCCUACUGCAUACCGAGUUGCAGAGCUGCUGCCUACUACUGGCUGAGGGAAGCAUAGGCUGCUUUUCCCCCAUUGGCCCUGCCGCAGCUGGUUCACUCAUCAGGAACAGAAUUGUGAAUGAAGUUCCAGUUGUAGAUGAUGCAAGAGCCAUAACAAGCCCCUGCCUGGCUACCCAGUCCCUGUGGUGCUAGUACGUGCUCUCUGCUCAUCGGCUGGGCAGAUCGAGUGUUCUUGGGACCCACAGGGCUGUUUGCAGGCGCUCUUCAGAGUGGAGCUGCCUGUGUUCCUUGCCAGGAGGCUAGCCAGCUGUUCCCAGGGUGUGUGCUGCUCGUCAGACAUGAAUUCAGCCUCGCGACCCCUGCGAGGAGAGUCCUCUGAGCACUGCUACCUCACUGAGCAAGGGGGACAAGGAUACAGGCUGUGCAGUGUCUGGCCAAGGUCACACAAGGCCUCUUUGGGAAAGGCCUGGCGGUAGAACUCUGCAAAGCCCCGACUCCUGAUCCACUGCUCUAAUUGCUGGGUAACGCUGCCCCCUCAGUGCUAGCAGCUGUGUGGCAGGUAGGACACUUGGGUGAUGCCAUUGCAGUGUGGUCGUGUCCGUUUGCUGUCGCUCUGUACUGAGGUUGCAGUGGGAGGGGCGGAAGUGGUGGGGUGUCUUCUUUGGGGCCUCCCUUGGCAUGCCCUGGGGCACCAUGCUCCAGGGUGAAAUGCCCUGGGGGCCUGGCAGAGCACAGGCAGAGCUCAGUGCCCAGAAGUGCCCUGUCACUGCCCCAGUCGUGUCAGCUCCUUGGAGCUCUGUGCUGCAGGCUUGUGGGGUGACUGCUAAGCUGAGGUCCUGGUUCUUUGGGAGCAGCGAAUCUGUGAAUUCUGCCUGUGUCCAGUGAAGCAGGGGCUGGGUGCUCCAGGGGGAUGCUCAGAGGGCUGGCAGCUUGGAGUGGACGCAUCGCUCAUCUAUGGAGAAAGCAGGACCUGCGAGGCCUCGGGAGGAGUGUGUGGCGCCCGUGGAGUCAGGGAGCUGAUCCCCAGUGGGCACGGACAAGGCUUCCUCACGCUAAGGGCAGGUGAUAAUCCUCCAGGAUGUGAGGUGGGGCUGAGUGCUCGCCUCCCUUUGGUCUGAAUCCGGGCCAUGCGUAGGAACACUGCAGGGUGUGAUUUGGUGCUGGAGAGGAGGCUGUGCAGGACAGUGAAGGUGCUUCUGUCAGCUUCCUCUGCCAGCACAUACUGCACUGCGACUUCAACUGCUACUGGGUGACACGCCCCAAGCAUCUGACUUGGCAGCACCUGGCUCCUCAGUUACUCAGAUCCAGGCCCUAGGAAACAACUCCGGGCAAAAUUAACUGCAGCAUCUACUGUUAGAGUUUGCUGGUGUAGCAACCAACUGUUUGACCUUGCACUUCUGCUUCUAAGGUGGCUGGGGUCCCCUAUGUACAACCCCCCACCCCUUUGUGAAAUUAUACAGUUGUGGAGUGUUCUGCUCAGUGCCCUCAACGCUGGAACGGAGCUGCUUUACUGGAGCAAAUUAGUGGAGAGAGCACGGCUAGCCAUCAUGAGAACCGAGUCUCUCACUAGGGCAGCUUGGUGCAGCUGCCCUGCUCUAAGGCACACUGGGCAGCAUCCUGCUCUGAGGAUGCCCCCAGAACGUGCAGUCAGUGGGAUGAUGCCUCAGCUCCCUGCUCCUCGUGUCUGGGGAGGGCUCCUCUCAAGAGUGUUCUCCACUGGGACAGCAGGCUGCAUUGUGUGUUGUGCCACGUAUUCCCUUGGCUUUUCUCUUGAAAUUUAGUUGGGGAUUGGUCCUGUUUUGAGCAGGGGGUUGGAUUAGAUGACUUCCUGAGGUCUCUUCCAACCCUGAUAUUCUAUGAAUUCCCCUUCUCCCUAACAUGGUCUUUUGAAUGGUCUGAGUGCUGGAAGCAGAGCCCAGUCUCUUGUCUUUGCUCUAGCUCAGGUUCCCAUGAUUUGCCUACCCUUCAGGAGCCUGCCUCUUGCUUGGCAUGUGAAUGACUUGAGACUCAGUGGCCCUGCAAAUCUCUUGGUUGUGCCUUUGGACCUGGGGGAUGCCUUACCGCACAGUUGUGAUUCUGACCUGCACCCUGCUGGUGGCACUGAGCGGCUGUCAGCAAGGAUAGCAGGUUCAGUUUGCCAGGUAACACACCCACUGAUGGCCUGAGCUGAGAUUCGGGAAACUUGGCCGUGUGGGUUGCACCGUGCCUUGGGCAAAUGGGCAGCCUGCAUGCCUGUUGGACUGAUAUAUAUCAGCUGCAGAUUGUAUCUCUGAACUUCCUCGAAAGGAAUAAGGUUGCAGGAGAUGUGGUCUGUGCAUCAGGAUUGCAUUGUGCAUUAAUGAUUCUUGCUGUUUGAGGUUUUUCCUCUUCCUUCCUGACCCCUACUCAGACACAACCCUUUCAGGUAGGCACUCUGAACAUUGCCUCAGGAGAGCCGGGGUCUCCGCUUGGGGAGACUUUUCUGGCUUUAAGUUCCGCUGUUAACACAUUCCCUGAUAACUUGGAAAUGCAGGUUCUCCUGUUGGCAAUGUCAGUGCCAAGCUAACACCCUCGUAAUGAUGCAAGAGUUUCUUUCCAGCUGCUUUUCCCGUGUCAUUGUUUUUGUAGUAUUGAAGGAAUGGUUUAAUUGUGCCUUGAUUCAGUAACUCCGCUGGGCACUACUAGCAGGAAUCAUUGCAUGUGUGAACAGUGUAUUUUCCAGCACUAGGAUGGGUUUGGUUCUCUAAUUUAUUGCAAAUGUUGCUGUACUGGGCAUGGUCAAACUGUGAUGAUUCAAUAAACCUCUUUUGCAUUGUUUGUAAACUGUGCUCUGCUUCUGCCACUGUCUUUAAGGAACCAGCUUGACUGAGCCCUGAGCUCAGGACAUGCAGAAUUGGGUUUGACAGAAUAAUGGAAAGUUGUAAAACGUGCCCUGAAACAGCCGCCCCCCCCCACCUUAUCUGGAAGGAGGAAAAUUGCUCUGAUGACAUUUCAGAGUAGAGCAGCUUGUCAUGUGUUGGAUGUAGUUUAAGUAGUAAACUCCCCCCUUCAGUUUGUGGAGUUAGUCUUGUUUGACAGAGCACUGAAAUGAAGUGAUGCCAAGGACCAUGUCAUCUGUUCAACCACUGCGAUGCACUGAAGCUGCUGUAUAAAAUAGGGACACCAACCAUCUGGGCUAGGCUUGCUCCAUAGCCGCAUCAGGAGCACGUCAUGUGACUGUGUGACUAGAACUGGGAAACGAGCAUUCCUCUCCUUUCCCAAUAGCAGUAGAAUUUAGCCUGCCUUGCCAGUUCUUCAGGGGGACCUGGCCAAGGACUUUUAGGACUGGGUGCAUGUGCCCUUUGAGCUGCUUGUGAUAAAGAGUUGGGGUGUGUUCUUGCUUGUUUUUUCCUUCUAGAUCUUCUCUAAACACACCCAUUGCACCAGAUCACAACAGAUUCAGUUAUAUCCCCAGUUGCGGAUGCUCUUAAAUUGGUUUAACUGAUCCCGGGCAACUUCAGUGAGUAGACACAGCCUUAGAUAGCUCAGGCACCCUGGAGGACACCUCGGUGGAUCUACGUUAGCAUUCACACGCUCACUGAAGGGGCCAGGAGUGUUGUCAAUAACGAGGGCUUCCUGUCUCCAGAAUGUUAAUCAGUCAUGAAGCUCAAUAGAUGCUAAAUUCAAAGUCCUAAAGGGGCAUAAGCACAAUUUUUUUCCCUUUGCAGGUCCCCUUUUAUGCUGCUAAUAAAGGAGUCACUUUUCAGUUUCGCUCAGUUCAUUACUGAACCCUUGGUUGCUUUUAUUUCUACUCAUUGCGAUGUGAAAACAAAUGAUUUGUUGUUGGUUUUGUGAGGGAGCUCAUGAACUCCACUGCUCCCAGCUGUGCGUAACACAUGCAGCAGAGAAAAUACCCAGGAAAAGAUGAAACCUGCCCCAGGCUGCACACUGAGGAUUUUGCACUGAUGUUAAAUAUUAAGUGUGAGAUGAUGCACUUGAGAAAAUGGAAUCAGCAGCUGGGUGCCUAACAAGCAGUCUCGGAUGCAGGGAGACAGGGGGCAAGUGUAAUGACCAGCACCAUGCUGGAUCUGCCAUUGCAGUAAAAGGCCAUUUCAGUCCAACCUAUGCCUGCGUAGAGGGGCCUGGGGCAGGGGCUGAGGUUAAGGCAGGCUGUGUAAAUAGCAGUGUCCCAGGAGCACUGGAUGCAGCUCUGGUCUCCCCGCUUAAACAAUGGACAGAAGAGUGGGGAGCUCAAAUUAGUCUGCCAGUGAGUGACAUGGCUUCAUCCCUGGCAGCAGGUGCCUGUUUCAGCACCCAGAGUACUUCACUCUUGCCACCAAACUCUGCCUACGACCACUGAAGCAGAGACUCUGAAAAAUCCGUGGGCUCGUGGUGGAUAAUCAGCUGCACUUGUUCUGCUUCACACUGGGAGCUCAUUACCCAAGUUCUACCUUCACAGCCAAGACAGGUGCCAGAAACACCCCAUACCCCCAACUCAGGCCCACAGCAUUGGCUCUGUAACCCAAGCAUCCCUGUGACUCCAACCCCUUCCUCCCUGUACCUCCGGUGCCUCAGCACCAGGAUUCUUGGGCCUAGAGCAAUCAGAAGGAUAAUCCCAUGGAAAGACUGCCCUCUCCCUGUUCCACCUGCAGCAGCUCCCUCUGCCCACAGGCUGGCUCCACACCGCUCCCUCCCAGCCCCUGCCUUAGCCCAAUCCGAUUCCUUGCGUUCUGUGGCCCUGUCUCCUAAGGCCCUAGCUUAGCUCACCAUUUCUCCAGGGCCCUUCUGCAGUGACACUUCCUGCAGGUUGCUACCUGCACUUAGAGCCCCGCGAUGGGACUGGGGUCCUGCAGGACCCACUGCCAUAAUAGGAGGAGUGGGUAAAAUGUACUUUGUUGUGGGUGGGCAAAAAAACUAGACACUGGUGAUAUGUGGGAAAACAUUAAAUCUCUCAUCGGUUUACCAAGAAUUGCCUAUUUGAGAAAUUGCUAAUUAUUUUGUUUGAGCUGCUCUUUCCUUUACAUGUUUAUCUCCCUCGCUGUGAAUCCAUACCGUACACCGGCUCAGGUCAGGUCAGAGAAUCCCCCUCAGGUUUUGUAGUUCUGUGACUUCACAUAGGUGCAGACUGUCAUUGCUGCAGCAGCUUACUGUCAGUGCUGUGCACGGUUUCCCUGGUAAAUGUUUUUUCAAAAAGCAAUAAUAACCCUGCCCUAAAUAACUUGACUGGGAUGGUUCAAAGUUCUAAAAAUAGUGCUCAAGUGGGUUUAAAAAAACUGGAAGUUUUUAAACACUUACUUUUUAUAGUCAUUUAAAAAAAAAAUACCCAGCACCUUUUAAGGCAAAAUUGUGGUGCAAUUCGUUUGGCCGUUCUGUGUGAUGUCCACAUGCCAGCAGCUUAUCAUAGACAGAAUUUCAGCAAUGUAAAGCAAGUUUAUUGGG